CAGGACAUCAGGAAAUGACGACCACGAUGAAAGACAAAAGACAAGGGGAGAGAAACUCGUACACGUCUGUCUGACAGGCAACCGAGUCAGUAUCAGGGAAGGGAACUCGGAGUGUGUGCGCGGUUACAGUCGUCUCAGGUAGAGAACCCCAGCGCUAUGUAUAGAACGACACUCCUGCUUGUAGCCAUCCUGGGCUGCACUCAGGCCUUUCCAAGUGGUGCCCAUAACAAUGCCUCCAACAUAAUGGAUAGUUUGUCAUCACAUUGUACAAGUGGACAUUUCAGACCAAAUCACGGACAGAACCUACCUCAACACACCGAGCCCCCAUACACCAUUACAGUAUCCUCCCCUGCAGGUACAAUGUACAAAGCUGGACAGCCAGUGACAGUUACUAUUGGCGGAGUAGGCGCUCAAAAGUUCAAAGGUUUCUUCCUGUUCGGGGAUUGCACCGCAAUGGCCUUCGCUGGGGAGAUCGUCUGCGAGCAAGGUCACAAUGUGACCUUCUGUGGUAAGAGUGGGGCUACACACAGCAAUGCUGUAGACAAGAGCCAGGUCGUUUGCAAGUGGACACCGCCGGACUACCAGGUUGGCCGUGUUCAGUUCGUAGCGACUGUGGUGCAGAAAUUUGAUACUUACUGGACUAGUGUAAAAAGUUCCACAACUCUGGAUGCUGAUCCAACUAUGAUGACGUAUGAACAGAAGUCUGCUCAACUCAGGAACUUAAUGUUAAGUCAGAUGAGCAAUAUGGGUCAAGGUCAAGCUUUCAACAUGUUCAAUAGUCUCCAACCUCAAGGUCAACCUCAAGGCAACCCAUUUGCCCCUUUUUUCAAUCAAGGUUAAAGACUCAAAUUCCACAACUCAAAAGUAUCUUAAGGCAAGGGAGAUUGUUGCAUCAAAAAACGGCAGAAGACAGAGAUUGAUAAAAAAAAUGUUGAAAAUUAUUACUUCUGUAUACUUUAUAGUAAUGUGUCACACUGAUAAAUAUAUUUUUAAAAAUAAAAUAAGAAUUUCUAUUUUAUUUUCGCGUAAUUAAAAAAAGAUCCAUUACCCAAAAUUAAGUGUAAAUUAAAAACAUAAUUUAACUCUCA